GAUAUAUAUUAAUUCCCACUUGUGGUAGCUACCAAAUAUGAUUGGAAUAUAUGGAUGUACCUUAGCAUCUUCCUUGACGAUUCCCAGCAUCUAAUCUCAGAUGCUUCUCACAAUUCUCUCUCAUCGUAUGGCUCACAUUUACCAUCCUACUCCUUUAUAUAUACGGUACACAUUUUGAAUUGAGAAAAUUAGAAUUAAAGAUCGAUGAAUGCAAUAGUUGAAGCUGUUGCUUUCAAUUACUGGAGCUUCGAUGUCGCCAACAUUGUUUGGACAUGGGUUGCUGUUGUUACAGCUGCGGUUAGUUUCUGGAAGAUGAAAGCAUCUUCUUCAACGUGGUUGCCCACACCUCCAGAGCCAGCGUUGGUAACAGUAUUAGCUUCAUCUUCAUCUUCAUCGCAGGUAGAAUUAAUGCUACUAUCAUCAAAAGAGAGAACGCCACCUAGUAAUAAUAAUAAUAAUAUGAUGAUGUUGUCCGAUGAUGCUUUUUCGGAAGGAACAAAAGGGAAACUGACGGUGUAUUUUAAGGAUGGAGAUCAAUGUAACGCCGGCGAUGAUGAUGAUGAGGAAGGAGAAGACGACGACCACAACGGCGUAGAGUGGUUUGAGAAUAAUUGGGAGAAAUUGAGAAAAGGGGAAAUGGGAUGGUAUUGUUACCAGGAUAUGAAGGUAAUUAACGGCAACAUAGUUAGAUUGUGGGACGGACAGAGGGAAUUAAGCAGUUAGUGCUUGGUAGUUGAAAAAACUUAGCUUAGUAGAGAAAGCAAUAACGCAUAAUGAAAAAUUGUACUGUAAAUAUUAUUAUUGUAGCCUUUUUUCGAUGUUUUGUAGUAUUAAUACCUAAGUCUUGAUGAUGAAAAAACCGCAUUUUUCGA